AAGAUUACCAAUAAGAUGGGAAGCAAAGCUGUUGUCUCAGUCUACUUAAUUAUUUCACUGUGUGCUGCCAUCUUUGUCACUCGUGGAGUAGCUCAAAUGCAAAAUCCGCAGGCGAUUCCAGGACUUUUUCCACCUGGCUUAGUACCUAUUGAUCUCGUCAAAUGUUGGUCGUCUCUCUUUACCGUCCAAGGAUGUGUCUUGGCAAUCUCCAACUCAUUUUUUUCUGGAAAAAUUGAAAACGUUGAAGCGGCAUGCUGCAAGGUGUUUUCAACUUUAGAUGCAAACUGUUGGCCUCAUAUGUUUCCUUUGAAUCCUUUCUUCCCUCCUCUCCUCAAGGACAAUUGUGCGCGUAUCAUCCCUAACUCCCCUGCACACAACUGAAAGGAACAAUGAUUGUUCAUCUACAGUUUUAGACUAGUAUAUUAGCUUCAAUGUCUAAGUUUUUCAUGUGUGAACUCAAUUAUUAGGAGAGCCCUAUAUUUACCUUUUCCUCAAUAAAGUGAAAAUUUAGCAAUAUCUACAACUUUUGUCAAUGUGUCUUGGUCACAUUAUAGUUAUAUAAUUACAAAUACAUCACCGAAAAUGGGUUUGUUAUCUAUCUUCAGUUGGCUAACCAUGUAAAAUAAUAUAUCGGAAAUUAAAAAUCACAAAACACGACUCGAACAAAGAUUGAAAAAUCAAACAAAGAGCGUUCAGAUAAAUUGACGCAAAAGGGAUUUAGAAGUCUCAAAACGUCGAAAAAUAUGUCUUAAUCGGCCUUUCUCGUCAGUUUAUGCAAGGGCAAGAAAAGAUAACACAUAACUCUAAAUUAAAGCUGUUAAUUUUAAAUGGUUUGAGUUUCACCCUAAGAUUUUCUGGUCAUAGAACCUUUAGAUAUUCAAAAAGAAAAAUCUGCUAACAAUAAGAAAGAUAUAACAACACAUAAGGAUAAAAGACAACUUUAGUUUGUUAUCUUACAUGUACAUAUAUAAACUAUGAGUUUUAUUACAAUACUGAUACGAAACAGUGGGAAAAGGAUAA